AUGGAAGAAAUAACUUGGAAGGGCUUAAAUGACCUCCAGGGUGGUGAACUUCCAGAUGUGAGAGCACAGACCUAUGAAUUCAGGCACUGCAGCUUAAAGGAAGCCAGUCUGCUAAAACUAAAAAAGCUUGACCUCACCAAACCCAUUGAAGAUCAGGGCCCUUUGGAUGUGAUCAUACAUAAACUGACAGAUGUCAUCCUUGAAGCAGACCAGAAUGACAGCCAGUCACUGGAGUUGGUUCACAGGUUCCAGGAGUAUAUUGAUGCUCAUCCAGAAACCAUUAUCCUGGACCCUCUUCCAGCUAUCCGUACGCUUCUGGACCGAUCCAAGUCGUAUGAGCUAAUUCGGCAAAUAGAGGCAUACAUGCAAGAUGAGAGGAUCUGUUCACCACCCUUUAUGGAGCUGACAAGUGCCUGUGGAGAAGACACCUUGCAGCUUAUAGAGAAGAAUGGACUGGCAUUCCCAUUCAUUUGUAAAACCAGAGUGGCCCAUGGAACCAACUCUCACGAGAUGGCGAUCAUCUUCAACCAGGAGGGCCUGAAAGCUGUCCGCCCCCCUUGCGUCAUUCAGAGCUUCAUCAAUCACAAUGCCGUGCUAUAUAAAGUCUUUGUGGUCGGGGAAUCCUACACGGUGGUGAAAAGACCAUCUUUAAAGAACUUCUCUGCGGGAAUCUCAGACAGAGAAUCAAUAUUUUUCAACAGCCACAAUGUUUCAAAGCCAGAAUCGUCAUCUGUCUUAACAGCACUGGAUAAAAUCGAAGGAGUAUUUGAGCGGCCAAACGACGACGUCAUCCGGGAAAUCUCUAAGGCACUGCGGCAAGCUCUGGGAGUUUCCCUCUUUGGAAUUGAUAUCAUCAUUAACAAUCAGACCGGGCAGCAUGCGGUCAUUGAUAUAAAUGCAUUCCCAGGUUAUGAGGGUGUUUCCGAAUUUUUCACAGAUCUCUUGAACCACAUAGCUGCUGUUCUGCAGGGUCAGGCACCUGAGGUGACCCAGCUAAACCGCAGCAAGCUCCUGGCAGAGCAGACCAGCGGGAUCAUGGACGAGCGGAUAUGCUGCGCUAGCACAGGCUGUCUCAGCGUCAUGGGAAAAGACUCCUCCUGGAUUGUGGAAAGCGAGACCAACAGCUCAGUAAAACUGCAACACCAGAGACUAGCCUGCAACUCAGCAGUGUCCCCCAGCUUCCAGCAGCACUGCGUCGCUACGUUGGCAACAAAAGCUUCUUCUCAAUAACUUGCCAAUGCCAUGGACUGAGAAAAAGCCGCAGGGAUACAAAUUGUGGUCCCAGAACCAGAUCAGGCUGUAACAAUACGAUUGCGAAAAAUGAAAAAAAAAAAAAAAAAA